UCAACUUUACGGUCAAGGUGUUUUCCCUCCUUACUCCUACACGGCAACCUCGUGCCGAGCCCCCAGCACUUCACCGGCACAAAGAUUAGAUCCGACUCCAGUCCCUUCCACUUGGAUCCAGCAGGGACCACUUGGGUUGCUGCCAGGGCAAGGGGCUUCCCCAGCUUUUCCAGAUAAAGGGGCUGCCUUUCCGGUACUCCAGACGCUUCCAACGGGAGCCACGUACACACUCCAGCCUGCGGCUUCUCUUCCGCCACUUCAGCAAGGGACUCAAAGCGUUGCCGCAUCCAUUGCAAAUUGCAGCAGCUCUGCAUCUUCAGUGCCGUACUCACAAGCCUGCUAUCCAACAGAAUCCUCCAAUGCAGUCAUCUUACGAAGCUGAACUGAUGCCAUCUGACUGGCUAUGUAAUAUAUCUGAAGAAAACAAUAAGGCAGAAGUCGGUCUUGAAGCCAUGUUUCAGGUUGCCGCUGAGGUGCAUUCAUCAUGCGAAGCUGAAAAGGUGGGAGUGGCACCUGUAGAGAGCCAGAAUUCAAUCCUGGAGCUUAAUGGAAAUCAGGCACCGCCUGUUAAUAGUUACGCACCUUCUUCAACUGAGGAAAGCCAGCUGGAACGUCUCACUCCUGUAACUUCAGACACGUCGUUUCUGGUGGCAGCAGAUGGAGCACUGGAUUUGUCUCCAUUGCAGCCUUCUGACAUUCUUUGUGCUGCCGAUACCACUCUGUCUAUAGAAGCUGCUGCUGCUGCUAAAAUACUACAAGAACUUCUGACCACACAGGAAGCAGGUGAAAAACGGAGCAAAGAACCACAUCACCGCGCAGCUGAGCUCUCCCUCAUGUUUUUUCAGGAAGAAUUGUUCAGUCCAGAGCAGGAGAAUAGUAGUGUUAAAAGUGAAUCCAGGACACCGGAGACAGAAGAGAGACAAUUCACUUCAGGAGCUGAGCCUGUGAACGAAUCUGUAGAACAGACAGAUUCAUCUGUAAAAUCUUUCUCCCGGAAAAGACGCAGUUCAGACACAGGCAACUCUCUCGGUGCCCUAGACAUUUACCACCCACUCCCAUGCCGCUGCAGUUGUGUCACUGUGUGUUCUCUCUCAUUCCCUCCAAGAUCUCCAUCUGCUGGUGGAUGUACCUCGGAAGCAGGGGUGCUUUCUGGAGGACGAAAUAAGCGAGUGAGAAGUGGGUGACAAAUGUGCAGCAGCUGCCAGCUGGAUUCCCCUGUCAGACUCCAGCAGCAGUGGAGCUUUGCCCACAACAGCCACUUUGGAUCAUUUCAGCUGUGUUUAAAAAAAAAAAAAAAAUCAAACCAAAAAACCUCCAACAAAACACCAAAGACUACACACAAAAAAGCCCAAAACAAAACAACAAAAAACCAACAACAAAACCAGCCCCACACCACACUUAUUUUUUGCUUUCUUUUUAACUUGGUAGGGUGUUGUUUAGUAGGCCUCUUUCAUUACAUUUUCUACCUGUCAAGUUAUAAAGCACCGAGUGGUCAGAGUAAUUAAUAUGAAGUAAUUCCUUAGCUGUUUGUAUUCUUUAGAUUUGGAAAGUCUGAACUUUACAGGAACCCUUAAACACUUUCUUGAGACACCCUUACUGGGAAGCAAAUGGGUUUUAGUGCUCUGUUAGGAAUCUGUUUCACUUAUUUAUUUAUCUGUUUAACGUUGUUGGGAGCUGCAGUAUGCUCGGCAGAGGUGGUGGUUGGUGCUCUCGCCGUCUUUGCUUGCAGUCGUACCGUGGCCCUUUACUGGGGAUCGUGUAUGAAACAAAAGCAUUGGAAAGUCGCAAGAUUCUGGGUCUGAAUGGGUCAGAGAUUUCAGGAGAGCAGCUAAAGGAAAGAUGAGCUAAUUUUCUAAGUGAUUAACCAGGAAACCUUCUUCCUUCCUGAACCAGCUCUGGUUCACCAGCAAGUGGAUGUAUGUCACAGCUGCUGAUCUUUUACGUUCCUGGGGAAUUCUUCUGGUUUAAUAAUUUCCUUUUGAUGCUAAUGGUAUCUGUAAUGAUAAGUUAUUUAUUAUUCUAGUACUCUGUUCUAAUUAUGUCUUGAAAAUAUUUUUUAAACUUUUAGAGGAAGAUUGUACUUAUGUUGACAGCAGAUCUUAAGUUUUUAAUAGCUAUACAUUUGUGUUCAUGUUAAAAUACUGUUUGAAGGAUAAAGGGGGCACAUCCUCUACUUGUGGUGUUCAGGAGAUCCAUGUGGAAGAGCACCUAAACCAUCCAUGUAAUGGCUUCAUGCGUGUUCAUACGAGCCAGCCCUGAGCCAAACGCACGAGAAGGGAGCAGAGAAGCUGUCAGGACCGCCUCGGCUUGUGUGGCUCCCAGCUGUGGCCGGGACGUGCUAAGGGAGCACCGGGCAGUAAGAUGAACUGAGGCGAAACCUUUCCUUACAGCUUCUGUAAUAAGAUCUUUCUUAACCAGUAGUAACUUCUGUAAUAAGGUGGUUUGUAACAAGAUACUACUUUUUUAAAAUUAACUUUUGUAAUAAGAUGUUUUGUAAUAAGGUAUUUUAAAUAAGUAGCACCUUCUGUAAUAAAGGUGUUUUUACCGAUAGUCUUGUUACCGGGAGCAGGGUGGGAUGUGGUUUCCCGUGUGUGCCCUGUUGUACCCCUGCCCAGGCAGGGUGGGCCUCAGGUGAUCAGGUUCUAGUCUGCCGUUGGAAGCGUAUGUUGUAGUGCCCGACAGAAAUGCGGUUGCUCUGUACGCUGCCGAGGGAAACAUACCCGGGCCCUGCUGUGUACUCAGCGUUCCCUUUUC